AUGGGCAAUGAGGAAGUUGAAGUUGAUAAUGACGAAGGUAGUGAUGCUGAAAGUGAAGAAGAGGAAGAAUUUCCACAGAAAAGAGAAGCCAGUCGAAAGAACAGAGAGAAAAAAGAUGGGGAGGAAGAGGAGGUGGAGGACGGAGAGACUGCUGCAGAUCGCAGGAAAAAAUACAAAAAAAGGCGGUUGAAGGACGCUGGAAUUGAUGUUGCUCAAUAUGAAGAAACCUGUAAAAGCAGGAAAAACCAAGCAAAGGAUGGAGGGGACUUAAAAAAAAGCAAGAAAAGGAAGAAAAGGAAAGGCAAAAAGAGAAAAGGGUCAAGCUCUGAUUCUGAAUCUGAGGAAGAGCUUACAGAGGAGGAACUUGCUAAACUGAAAGAAGCACUGGAAGAGAAAAAGAAGCUAAUCGCCACACUGAGAAACAAAUCUUGGAAAAUGAAGAAGAAACUGGAAGUUUUGAAAGAUGCCCAGGAUUUUGUGGAAAAAUUUGAAGGGGCUCUUGGAAAAGGCAAAAACAAACAGUUCUAUGCUUUUAAAGUGAUGAUGUCAAAGAAAUGGAUAAAAUUUCAACGUGAUUUUGAUAAUUUUAAAACAGCCUGCAUACCCUGGGAAAGGAAAAUAAAAGAAAUUGAAAGUCACUUUGGCUCUUCAGUUGCAUCUUAUUUCAUUUUCUUGCGCUGGAUGUAUGGAAUAAAUAUUAUUCUGUUUGGGCUGACUUUUGGUCUCAUCAUGGUGCCUGAGGCUUUGAUGGCGAAGCCAUAUGGGAGCAUACCAAGAAAAACUGUGCCAAGAGCCGAAGAAGCAGGUGCUAUGAACUUUGCAACUUUGUGGGACUUUAGUGGUUUUGCACAAUAUUCCGUCCUCUUUUAUGGCUACUACAAUAACCAGAGAACAAUUGGCUGGCUGAAGUUCCGACUGCCUCUGUCCUACUUUUUGGUUGGAGUUGGGGCCAUUGGUUACAGUUUCAUGGUUGUCAUCCGCACAAUGGCAAAGAAUGCACAUGAUGACGGUGGAGGUGAUGAUAAUAGUUUUAACUUUAGCUGGAAAAUGUUCACAAGCUGGGAUUAUUUGAUUGGCAAUCCUGAAACAGCGGACAACAAAUUUGCAUCAAUAACAACUAGCUUCAAGGAAGCAAUUGUAGAAGAACAAGAAAGCCGAAGAGAUGAGAACAUUCACUUGACCCGUUUCCUGAGAGUUCUUGCUAAUUUCUUCGCCUUGUGUACACUGGCUGGGAGUGGUUACCUCAUCUAUUUUGUUGUGAGGCGAUCCCAAAAAUUUGCUUUGGAAGGCCUUGAAAAUUAUGGCUGGUGGGAGAGAAAUGAAGUGAACAUGGUCAUGUCCCUCCUGGGAAUGUUUUGUCCAACUUUAUUUGAUGUCAUUAGUGCCCUGGAAAACUAUCACCCUCGGAUAGCACUUCGUUGGCAACUGGGGCGCAUCUUUGCUCUCUUCCUGGGCAACCUGUACACUUUCAUUAUUGCUCUCAUGGAUGAAAUCAAUCUUAAGUUGGAAGAAGAGAUGAUUGUGAAGCAGAACAUGACCAUUUGGUUAGCUAACCUGUACAAUGGGACAGUGCCUGAAAACGUCACUGGUCCUCCCCUCGAUGUGGACCCUGCAGAUGUCCCUAGAGGCCCAUGUUGGGAAACCAUGGUUGGGCAGGAAUUUGUCCGGUUGACAGUCUCUGACACUGUGACAACCUACAUCACAAUUUUAAUUGGUGAUUUCCUAAAAGCUGUCUUUGUCAGGUUUUUCAAUUAUUGCUGGUGCUGGGACUUGGAAUAUGGCUUUCCCUCAUACUCAGAAUUUGAUAUUAGUGGAAAUGUGCUGGGUCUGAUCUUCAAUCAAGGCAUGAUCUGGAUGGGUGCUUUUUAUGCACCUUGCCUUCCUGCGAUCAACGUCAUCCGUCUCCAUACUUCCAUGUACCUGCAGUGUUGGGCUGUGAUGUGCUGUAAUGUCCCCCAUGCAAGAGUCUUCAAAGCCUCAAGAUCAAACAACUUUUACAUGGCCAUGCUGCUAUUCAUUCUAUUCCUCUCCACGUUGCCAGUUGUCUACACUGUAGUCUCCAUACCACCAUCUUUUGAUUGUGGUCCAUUCAGCGGAAAAACUAGAAUGUUUGAAGUCAUUGGAGAAACCCUGGAGCAUGAUUUUCCUUCUUGGUUUCGGAAAUUUUUUAAUCUUGCCUCAAAUCCUGGUGUGAUUUUACCCUUCAUACUGCUGAUGGUCUUGAGUAUCUACUAUCUCAAUGCUACCUCAAAAGGGUACAAGGCAAUGAACUUGGAGCUGAAGAAGAAACUACAAAGUCAAGCUGAGGAAAACAAGAGGAAGAACAAAGAGAGAGCCCUGAAAGCACGAGAAAAUCAACAAAUCUCCAUGGAGCCUCAGGCCAACCCAAAAGAUAAAGAAAAAGGAGAAAGCAAAUCCAAGAAAGAUGGUCAGCAGGAAGGAAAGCCCAGUGUCACAAAUGGAGGAGCUCCUCCACCACGUAUCACAGUGUCUUAGUCACCAGGACCUCCAGGAGCUCUUCAAUCAAGGGCACCAGGAGGGCCAUCUCAGCAUCAUUGAAGAUAAGAAUCUUUCUAAUAUUUCCAUGAAACAGGCCAUCUACGUAGUACAAUGCUGGACUUCACAUAUUUGGUCAUGGUCAGAAGGAGAUUUUGUGCUGGAACCAGCAGGAAAUAGUUAUUUGGGACUUAGCUUCUUGGACCCUUGGUCUCUGCUGAAGUUUGGUUCCAGGACACCCUGUGGAUACUAAAAUUUGUUGAUACUCACGUCCCAUUAUAUACAAUGGCAUAGUAAAAUAGUGUCCCUUAUUUAAAGUGACAAAACCAAAGUGACAAAGUUUACUUUUUGGAACAAUUUUGGGAGGGAAAGAUGGGAUAUGCCAUGGAUGGUUGAAUUUGGGGAUACAGAGGACCAACUGCAUGUUGUCACAACUCAAAUCUUCAUCAAACCCACUAGAGCAUAGAGUUAUUUUACCUCUGAAAGUUUAAAGACAGAAGCAACUGGGGGAAGAAUUCUACAUUGCAGAAUGAAUGCAACUUGACACCACUUCAACUGCCAUUGUUCAGUGCUAUAGAAUCGUUUGAGUCGUUGUUCGUUGAGUCACCAGUUCAGCAGAUUCUUUCCAAUCUUUUUUGAUAAAAAAAAUAGUUGGCAUAAGAAGAAAAUUCAGUUUUGUGCAAAAAAAAUUUUUUUCAUAGAAUUCUGGAUGCAGUAGUCAGAAUGUAAUGCUCCGCUCUCCGUGUCAUCCCAGUUUGGUAUCCAUCAAGCUUCAGGGUGGUGGGUUGCACUCCAUCCCCGCCUUUGAAAUAGCAGUAGAUGCUUCAUGUUGUUCUGUAGAGAUAGAGAUGCUGAAUGACAAUGUUGUCACCCCCCCCCCCCCCUUUAUGUCUGCAGAAGUGCAGUGAUAGAUUACACAACCCAACAAAAACAAUUCUUGGUGUCUUGGUUUUUAGGCCUGUUCCUGGGGUUAUUUGGGGCACUAAUUCAGAAAAUUGCAUUGAAUAGACCUCAUCAGCUCUGGUGUCUUAGAUAUGGUUAUCAUGAUUUUCUAUGGGUGAGCAGAUGAAGACUGGUAGAAAUGGUAUCUGCCAUGUAUCUCAAAAGCUAGAGCCAUACAAAACUUGGGAACAUUAUAAGUUAUAGCCAAGUUAGUGUCUGAAAGCAGCAGGAAGAUGUAAUAUUGUCCAGAGUGUCCUGGGUGUUUGUAUAGCCAUGGCGUAAUGAGAUAGGAUCGGAUAUCUCUAUAGAAUGGGCUCUGAAGAAGCACAUGUUCCAUUGUCUCUAUGUGUCCCGAGUCACAGGGGCACAGUCUCUCGGAGUAUAGGGUCUUCCAGUAACGGCGUUCCAAUACGGUAGAUGGGAGGACAUGAUGAUAGUCCUUUCUUUCAUUCUCUAUAUUUAUAGACUGCAGUAAUGUAAAACCUCUGUUGUGCAUGUGGAAAUAUGUUUUAGGCAUCCAAAGAAAUGGGACAGGUAACAUUACCAAGGGAAUACAAAAAUAUCAAUACAAGAGUUUUAGAAGUGAAUGACUUUCAGAGUUUCAUUUUUGGCAAUGCUAAACAUUUGAAGACUGAUAAAAAAAAUCAUAGGGGAAAAUUGAUAUUUUUAGCAUCGAUGCCCCUAUCAUGCUCUGGGGAGAGUGGGGUGGUUACUUUAUGUAGAAAACUUCAGACCUGGAUGAUAUAAAGUUAACUUUGAUACAUGUCAAACUCUAUAGGGAAAAAUAACUUUGCUUAUUAUCUUCAGUGGUUUGGGUUCAAAGAAGGUGUUUUGCAUGGGUAGAAAGCUCCUCUGAUUGUUGACAUCCCUUCCUUCCUUCUGUAGUUUCUUUACUGCAUUUUGGGGAAUUUUUCAACUCUCAAAGUCCCUCUUGCUUUGAGUGGGAUGGUAGCAGGAAGGCACACAAAAGGAAGGAGAGACCAAAGAGCUCUGUCUGAGAAAUCUAAGUAAAAAAUCCAAAACAAAGUUACUUUAAAUAUAGAAAAGUAGAGUUGAUUCUGCCUGAUUUGUGUGUUUGCAUACCUAACAUUUUACCUAACAUCUGGGGCAGGGGUUCCCAAACUAAGACCCAUGGGCCGGAUGCAGCUCUCCAAGGUCAUUUACCCAGCACCUGUCCUAAGCUUUAGACUAAGUCUGAAAUGACUUGAAGGCACACAGCAAUCCUAAUUAAUUUGACUAUCUCAUCAGCUAAAAGGCAGACCCUCACCUUCCAUUGAAAUACUGGUGGGUUUAUGUCUGUUAACGUUGUUCUUCAUUUUAAAUAUUGUAUUGUUCUUUCAUGGGUUUUGCACUGGAAAUAAGAUAAGUGCGGCCCCCAACAGUCUGAAGGACUGUCAACUGGCCCUCUGCUUAAAAAGUUUGAGGACUCUGAUCUAGGGGCUGCAAUUCAAUAGGAACUGAUCUUUCUCAAGCUACAUGUCAAUGGAUAGGAGCAAAUCAAAUGCAUGCUCUUUGUUUGUAAGUGCCGUUAAGUUGUCUGUUAUGAUGACCCCAUGCAUUUUCCAGUUAUGUCUUCUGAAAGUUAGCCUAGAGCACCCGGUGUUUGUUGGUUGUCUCCCACCCAAGUACUAAGGGCUGACCCUGCCUUGCUUCCAAGAUCAGAUGGGAUCUAGCACUUUUAGGGUAUUCCAACUGGGGGUUUCUCUUGUAGAUAGUUCACUGGGGGCCAGAUUCAGCAUAUUCUAGCAGAACAAAAUGCCUACUAGGCUGGACCGCAGGGUACAAUAGAGACAUCACUUAGAGAUGGUUUGGGAAUUUCUGAACCCCAGCUUGUAAGAACUGUUAACAAAAAGAGAUAUAGAGUGGCUCCCUGCAUCAGUUUUGAAAAAGUACUAUCAUUGUUGCAAUUAGGAGCUAUCCCUCUAAGGGUGAAUCUAUACUGUAUAACGAUUAUAAUUGGGAGCUGUAGUUUGGUGAGGCAUCAGCACUCUUUGGAAGAGAAGGCUAAAGACCUCGUAAAACUACAACUCUUAUUAUUCCAAAGCAUUGAGCCACGGCAGCUAAAGUGGUGUCAAACAGCAUUGGUUCUAAAAUGUAAAAGCACCCUAAGGACCUCAUCACAUUGAUGAGGCCCCCCAUGCUGAUUUGUCAUCCUUCAUCGGGAGGCUCCCGUGUUGCUGUCACUCAUACUACGCUGCUGCCCCAGUUGAGCAAUAGAACCUUGUCAGAAGUGAGGCUACGUCAUGUUAUGGGCGGCAUGGGGCUCCGUCACUCAGCUGGGGAGUGAUGAGGUCAUAAGUGUUAUUAAUUGAGUUUGAAUACAUUUGGAAAAGGCAAAAUGUAUUAAAUGUAAAUAUUAAAAAUCACAAUGUUUUUACUAGAAAAAAAUAGGACUAAAAUAACUUUUCUAUAACCCUUUUUUUAAAGUUAGAUAACGGUAAAGGUUUCCCCCUAACAUUAAGUCUAGUUGUGUCUGACUCUGGGGUUGGUGUUCAUCUCCAUUUCUAAACUGAAGAGCUGGCAUUAUCUGUAGACACCUCCAAGGCCAUGUGGCUGGCAUGACUUCAUGGAGUGCUGUUACCUUCCUGCUGGAGCAGUGCCUAUUGAUCUACUCACAUUUGCAUGUUUUUGAACUGUUAGGUUGGCAGAAGCUGGAGCUAACAGUGGGAGCUCUUCCCGCUCCAUGGAUUCGAACCACCGUUAGCAAGUUCAGCAGCUCAGUGGUUUAACCCGCUGUGCCACCAAAAAAAAAAUUACAGUGACAAAAAGGAAAUGUAAUUGUUCUGAUAUGGAUUUUACUCUGAAAAUUUUGGAUUUUAUCAUUUCUUCUCAAUGCUUUUUUGCCAGCUUUCCUGAAUAAUUUAAAAAUCAUCAAUAACAAAAGUGUUUUGUUUUUAAAUUAUAUGAUUUGAUUUCAUAUUUUAAAUGUUUAUUUCUAGAAAAGUGACUGACGUUUGAAUGGAUGAACCAAAGUGUUGAUGUAACUUCCUUUUUGCAUGCAAUAAAACCAAAGCACCACUAGAGAGCAGAGCUUAACCUGACUUGGCUAAAUUCACAACUCUUUUUCUUUGAUAUCUAUACUUCAGAGCAACCUCAAGCAUUGACUGGAUUUCAAUGGUUUUCCUUUUCAAAUGGAAUUUCCUUUUUCACAUGUAUGAUAUGCUAGAUGCUGUGGACUACAUACUAAUGGGUGUUCAAGAAAAAUCGGACUGGUAAUUUCAGAUCUGACCUAGAAAGGCAGUAUGUAAAUAUGUGUGAAUGUCACACUUACGAUCAACAUGGCAAACAAAGUUUUUGAUUACUUUUCAAAGGCAGAUCUAGGGAGAACAUGUUACAAGACAUUUCCUAUGGCAUCAUUAGGUACAAAAUGCUGUUUUCUGGUAUCUUUGCAAUUUUGCCUCUGGGGCAAGAUGCUGGGUAAUACUGUUGAAAACUGGUACACUCUUCCUUUUUUAAACCUGUUUCCUUAAACUUCACACAUUUCUUGAUAUAUCUAGUGGAAAGAACUAGUUUAAGAGUCAUUUGAAUGAGGAAUGAAGAAA